AAAUCCUCACCACCGUGCAGAUCAUUGAUCUCUACGAUAUCGCUCUUUUGCUCAAUUAUGAACGUGCAGCUACUGAACCUCGGUUCCGACAUACGAAGCUUAGAGAGGUCGUGCAGAAUGAAGAAUUCAAAACUAUCCGGAUGCUCACACACGAGUGGCGUAAUAAUCCUACCAACAAGCAGAAAACGGGGUUUGUGUUCGAUAGAUUGCCUCCUUAUUCACCAGAGGACGACGACGAUCCGUCUGCACCCCCCGAUUUGCCCUCUACGAUGCUUGCCCCUCGGGACCCUCAAUGGGCAGCCCAACCUGAUUUAUCGUACUUGACUCCAUUCCAAUUGGAGACGUUUUAUUGGCAAGCGAGGAAUCAUGACGCGUGCUAUAAAUCCGUUACGCUCAUCCAACAUUUCUUUGCGCUCUUCCCACCUGAUACGCAGGUGAGGCCGAGAGGGGUGACGCUUAGUUGGGAGGAGGUGAUGGAUCAUGCUGUUGUUGGGUUUCCUAAUCCUAGUGCUAAAGCGGGGAAGGAGGAGGCGGGGAUGAUACUUGAUCUUGCGUCGUUGCAGUAUGGGGAUGUAGGGAGGGGAUGUGGUGGGAAGAGUUUGUUCGUUUUAGAGGAUAUUGAUGCGUAUGGGAAGAGGUUGGGCAAGUUUGCAGAGGGGAAUACGUUUGAUGAUGCGAAAGUGUCGAUGGCGAUUGGGGGAUCGCCUUGGGAUGGGUGGUUGAAGAGGGUGGCGGAGAGGGUUAAGGACAGGCGGCGGCGUGGGGGUAUCAUAAACGUUGGUGCAAAAAGUAACUACAACAAUGACUACACAUCUCUAUGAAUCUCUCCUUCCAAAA